CAACCACAACUGCAGCCAUCACCAUGGGUCUUCCUGUGUUGCUGUGGUGGUCCUUGACCAAGCUGGCUCUCCUCAUCUCCUUUGCCGUCCACACUCCUCAACCACAGCAGCAACAAGAAGAAGCGUCCCUGCUGACCCAAGCACGCCAGUUUUUGGCAGUCAACGACACGGACACUGCAUUUCAGUAUUUGACACAAGCUUAUGCCAACGACCGAAACCAACCGGGAUUGUUGGCGUGUUUCCGUGAUGUCUUUUCGCAGAGAAUUGAGAGCCACGACAAUGCCGUCGAUCGCAUGGGAUUGGCCAGUAUUUUACUCGAGUAUGAACACUACGGAGCCGCGGCACGGCACCUCGAACAAGCCGUCCAAUUGACUGCAAGUAAAAGUAGUGCCAAUGCCUUGUCCAUGCUCUUUGCCGCACGGGCCGCCGUCUGUGAUUGGACACACAUCCAGCAAGACAGUCCAGCACUGGUAGCAUCGGUGCAAGCGAGUCUGAAACAAGAGGAUCAAACUCCAGCGGUUCAUCCCUACAAGGCACUCAUGUGGCCAUGUCUGUCUCUCGCAGACUCGACCAAAAUUGCCUCCAAGUUUGCAAGAAGGGCCAUGUCUGCUGUUUCAGUAGAUCCAGUGCCAACUUCUUCUUUAUUGGUACACAAAGAAGAACCAUCCAUCUUCCAAGUUUCAUCACGACGGCGACCCACCAACGGCAGACGAAUCAAACUGGGGUAUCUGUCACCCGACUUUACAGGGGCACAUCCAUUGGCCUUUCUGAUGCAAGAUGUCUUUCGCUUGCACAACACUUCCGAGUUCCAACUUUACAUAUAUUCACUUGUAGAAUCUGAUGACAGUCUCGAAGUCGCCAAGAUUAAACAUGCGGCCCACCAAUGGACCGUAUUGCCUUCAUCAAACGCCGCCGCCGCCGAAACGAUUCGAGACGACGAGCUCGAUAUACUGAUUGACUUGUGUGGCUACACUGGCACCAGUACCGUGGCCGAAAUCAUGGCCCACAAGGUCGCCCCCCUUCAAAUCGCCUACAUGGGAUUCCCCGCCAGCACUGGUGCCCCCUUUAUCGAUUAUGUCGUCUGCGAUCGCAUCGUGGUUCCUUCCUCUUCUGAAGUAAGACAACACUACACCGAACAACUCUUGCUCCUGCCCCACUGCUAUUUUGUCAACUCGCAUCGGUAUCUGUCUUCUUCGUUACGUCAACCACAAAUGCCCAGAACACGCUACAAUCUACCCGACAGUGCAUUCGUCUAUUGCUGCCACAGUCGACCGGAAAAGAUUGACCCCCAUACCUUCAAGUCGUGGUUGCAAGUAUUGGUCAACGUACCCCAUUCGGUGCUCUGGUUGUUGCGCUCGGGAGACGAGAUGGAAGACAAUCUGAGACAAAUCGCUGAGCAAGAGUUUGCACUCGACAAAAACCGAUUGAUCUUUUGCGACAAGGCACCCAGGGAUCAACACCUCGCACGGUUGCAACUCGCCAAUCUCUUUCUCGAUACACCGGCAUACAAUGCCCAUACGGUUGGAUGCGACUGUUUGAGUGCCGGGGUUCCCAUGGUCUCGUUGCUGCGUAAUCAUGUCGCACCGCCCGACGAGGUCGAGACGGACAAAUGGGCCAGUCGCGUGGGGGCGAGUUUGUUGGCCGCCAUUGGAUUGGACGACGUGCUCGUGGCUGGUUCCAUGGAGGCCUACCAAGCAAUCAUGGUCCAUUGUGCCACCGACUCGGAAUGGUUCUCUUCGGUCAAAGAACGAUUGCAACGGAAUUACCACACGGCACCCUUGUUUGACACGCCACGAUGGGUUCGAAACUUGGAAACGGGGCUCUUGGAGAUUGUUGCACUCCGCACUGAGGGUGGUAGUAGCUAUAGUGACAUUGAAAUCGUGGACAAUGCCGGCAGAUAGCAUACCGGUAGUACGGGGGAUCAGACUAAUGCGAGGCAAAGCGGGAGACAGAAGACCAUUGCAAUGCACAAGCUUGCAGACGAAAUUUUGAAUACGACCAACAUUUUUUAAAACGUGACGAAUGAUAAAAAAUCAGUUCAACUAUUCCUUCCUUUCCCACCAGUCUUUCUCC